AUGGGAUGGACAGUAAGCUCCUGUCCUCCUUUGAUACGGCAUUCAUUGACUCUCCUACGUACUAGGAAACCUCGUGCACUGCUGGACAGAACGGGUCGCGUGUUUACAGUCCUCGCGGGGAAACCUAAGGAUAUCGCCGGCUGGGAUCUUGUGAAUGCGCAAGUUCAAGAAGCGUUCGACGGCGCUCGAGCCAGCUACAAGCUGGACGCGAAGCAGGCCUCUCACCGCCGUGGCGAAUAUCCAACCAUUUCCGCCGGUAUCUCCUACGGCGGAGGUCAGAAGAAAGUUAGCAACUUGAUGCACACUACCAAGCAUAACCAAAACGUUAUCAACAAGCUGCUCGAUAAUACGGCCAUCCAGAGAUUGGCAGGAUUCGCCGAUGCCUCAUUCAAGCUAUAUGCUCCGCGUCUGCAUCAGCACUACGCCAAGACGAUGAGCAAGCUUCUUGCCAAUGACCCUACGUUGGUCCCCAACUUUGCCAAGAACGUUUUUGGGGCCUCGACGUUCAACCUCGGCCCACAAGUGUCGACUCACGUACACACCGACCACCUCAACCUCCCGGCUGGAUGGUGCACUGUCACGGCCAUCGGCGAGUUCGAUCCUACGGAGGGCGGCCACCUGUUGCUGUGGGAUCUCAAGAUGAUGAUCGAGUUUCCACCCGGUGCUCUCAUCCUCAUCCCGUCCGCAAUCCUCCGGCACUCGAACACGAUAGUCGGCGAAAAGGAGCGUCGAUACUCGUUCACUCAAUAUUCUGCCGGAGGUCUUUUCCGGUGGGUGGAGUGCGGGUUUAAGUCGCAGAAGGAGAAUGUGGAGCACUUGGCAAGAGUUAUCCGGUACGCCCGUGAUUUGAGGUAA